AUGCAGCCCAAUAAAACACUAUCACCUGGCACUUUAGCCAUCUCGUUCCUCCUGUGCGGUGUAUGCACUGCAGUUGACCCGGCUGCAGUUUACGAUGGUGGAUUCAACUCUACUGAUGAUGCACCCAUCCUCCUCCGUAUAGGUAACGGGGGUGCGGGCCAAAGCGGCUUGGUUAAAGCGCUUGCGGAUUCCUUUAUUCAGGAUAGCGUUAGAAAUGGCUCGGUUCCCUUCCGUGUCGGCUGGGUUCUCAGCGAUACCACUUUCACCAUCAAGUAUCUCCAGAGUGGAGAUGCCGAUGUUGGUAUCACUUACACCCCCUCGGCUGAGAAGAUUGCAAUAUCUCAGGGAAUCGCUUCAUCGGCUUAUUACUAUUACCUUUUCCGUGACCAUUUCCUUAUUACUGGACCUCCGGAAAACCCGGCAAAGAUCAACGACACUAACGACGUCUUUGCCAUCUUUGCGGAUCUCUUCCAGGCCGCCGAUCGUGCCAAUAGCAGCAUUCCUGUUCGAUUUCUGAGCCGAUAUGACAAGUCAGCGACCAACAUUAAAGAGUCUGAGCUCUGGAUUGGAAUCGGCCAGGUUCCAUGGGCUACUGCAUACUCGACCUGGUACCAUCAAUACAUCAAUUUUCCAAUCCAGGCUCUUACCGCAGCAAUCCAACUCAAAGAAUAUACUCUGACCGACAGGGGUACUUAUCUGUCGCUUACUAGCAACCUUACCAGUCAAACUGUGAUAUAUAAGGCGGCUUCCGACAACGAAACAGACCCUCUAUUGAACCCCGCACAUUUACUUGUCGGCAACAAGGCCAGAAACUUGACAAUUGCACAACAGUUUGCUGACUGGGCUAUAGGCCCAAGAGGACAGGAUGUGAUUGGCAACUUCGAAAAGAACGGACAACAGCUCUAUAGUAAAGCGCCAUAA